GCGACUUGUUAGUGCGCACUACACUGAGACCCGCCUCCCUUCGUUUUCGCUCUAUAGCACACGGUCCCCUCACUGUAUAACACUGAGGCUGUCUGUAUGUCUGCUCUCAUGUCAUUCAGCAGAUGAAUCACGUCUCAGCACUGGUUUUGCUUUAGACGGGGUGAGAUCGCUCAAUAUAGCGGUCAUCUAGCGCGCUGGAAGCGUCUCUGCACGGGAUAACGUCCACACGCUACUGUCAUGCUGGAAACAGAUCGCUCUUGUGGACUUGCAAGAUCGGAGGAAUGAUGAAUGAGUAAAAAAAAUAAAUAAAAACGCCGGCGUGGAUAAUCGACAAAAGCUGAGUAUUAAACCGUCAGCAGUUCUGUUGAAUAAUCUGUCAAUAUCAAGCGUUCAAGACGGACGGCGCACAGGAGCACGGAGGGAGAACCCGCGCAAACAUGAGGGAACGGGACUUUAUGCCAAACAUGGAACGGGGCAAACCGGCCACAUACACGGGAGACAAAAAAGCUAAAAUGGCUGCUAAAACCAAUAAAAAGUGGGUGAGACUGGCUACUGUAUUCGCAUAUGUCUUGUCUGUGUCUUUGGCUGCUAUUAUACUGGCAAUUUAUUACAGUAUGUUAUGGAAACCGACGUCUACAUCUGUGUCUGGACGGUCAGAUGUAUUGGUGACGGCUGCAGUUAUACCCAUAAACACAAAUAACAUCACAACAAAUGACGUACCAACCACAAACAAUAUGAAUAGUACACCACCGGUCAGCCUGAGAUCGACACAGACCCCCACUUAUGCCCACUCCACUUCUUCACAGAGACACUGGGGUGAUAACAAUGGUCAUGAAGGCCUUCUCAAUAUCCCCACAACAAAAACAAAGAAUACUGACCAAACAGGAACAAUUGACUCUGCGCACAUUCACGACAAACUAGGACGUUUCAGUACAGCAGAAGUUAGCCAUGUGUCAGUAACUAGUAUUCUUGUAGCAGGUGCAUCAAGUGAACCUUCUUUGGCUCAUGGAGCCAAAUCUUCUAAUAAACAAAAUGUCUAUGGCAGUUCUGGGGUCGGUGCCACUGAGGAUCGGCCAGACAUGUGGGAUUCAGCCUCUUGGACAAGCUACAGUGCAAGAUCUGAUGUCUCCUCUUUGACGGAACAUGGUCUGGAAUUAAUAGAGGGCUCGUCUCCAUCGCAAGAAGAGUUGGUUACCAAGGACACCGAGAAUGCAGCAAGUGGAGUGUGAUACCAUAUUAUUUAUGUGGCACGUAAUUAUAUAAUAUUAACUGUGUUGACUGUGCAGUGAGAAGUCAUCAAACAGUUUAUAUAAAUUUUGUUGCUAUUUCAAGGACAGAAACUGUGUUGACCUACCUGCUUUGAAAAGCUCAUUUAAAGGUUGUUGUUACAUUAAAGAGUGCAAUAGUUGGGUUCUGAAAGUAAAAAUCCCAUAAGUUUUCUACAUUGGGGAAUUCAUUUCAACGAUAACAAAAACAUUUAAAGACAAACCUACUGUGAGCUACAAGGUUGUUAAAGGGAUACUCCUCCCCAAAAUGGAAAUUUUGUCAUUAAUCAAAAUAUAUUAAUAUAUAAAUAUAAUAUAUAAUUAC